AUGGCACCUCACUCCCAACCAGUCGGAUCUGACGACAAAGAGAAUCUGACUGAUGCCAGCUCCGACCUGACUGAGAUCUUUUCAGACAACAGCUCUGAUAGUGAUGAAGAUGAAGAUGAAGAUGAGUCCAAUGACGAUAUCUCCAAUGAUGAGGGCCAGCUGCCUCCUGAACACUUUUUGGCCCAAGCAGAGAGCUUGAAUAUCUCUCAGCUUCAACAGAAGCGGUACAGCGACACCACUCAGGAAAGACUCGAUGAGACCUACAUGUACUGGAAUAGGUAA